GGCAACCCCACAGUCUUUGACUCAGGCGUGGACAUGCAAUUUUCGAGGGAAAAACUCAUCUAAGACAAGACGUUGCUCAGGGUUGAUUUUGAAAUAUGGAUAAAAAAGAAUCAUUUAAUAGAAUUUGCCAAAAUAAAGUUUUCCUCUUGGAGACUUUAUCUGUAGAAGCCGAAAUCAUCUUGCAGCAUGUGCAGCAGGCUGAAAUUAUUACAAAACGCGACUACAUGAACCUCUCAGAUGUUCCUCAAAGAGAGAAGAGAGUCAUCAACCUACUUGACAAACUCAUGGGAAAGGGGGAGGAAGCUUGUCGUCGAUUCAUAGAACUUUUAAGACAGGAUAGUAUAUUGGAAAUGUUUCCAGAAUUAAAGGAUCAUGCCGUUAUUUCUUCUCCAGCCAUGACUUCUCCAGUGCAGGAGGUCUGUCAAUACAACAUAGCACAAAUUCCACGUGGUACCUGUGUAAUCAUCAAUAAUGUACAUUUUGCAACCUUAAAAGAAAGAAUGGGAUCAGAUGUGGACCAAAAGCAUCUUGAAAAAAUUUUCCGCUGGCUGGGGUUUGAGGUGGUGGCGCACAGAAAUAAAACUGCGGCUGAAAUGAAGAAUCUCCUCAAGGACGUGGGGAAGACAGUAGAUGGAGACUGCUUUGUGUGCUGCGUCCUCUCCCAUGGCAUAAAGGAAGGGGUCUGUGGAACCGAUGGAGCUGUUAUUUCUGUUGAUGAAAUACGAGAGCCUUUCAAUGGCAUUAACUGCAAGAGGCUAGUCGGCAAGCCCAAGAUGUUUUUCAUACAGGCAUGUCGUGGGGGAAAAAAUCAAGAUCGUGUGCAAGUCCAAGCAGAUUCUUCAGAAGAUGGAGAGUCAGAGAUGGAGGUGGAUGGUGAUGAUUUUGAUAUCACAAUCCCGGCUGACACGGAUUUCCUCAUUGCCAGGUCAACCAUUGACGGUCACCUUUGUUAUAGAAGGCCAGAAGAGGGCUCCUGGUUUAUUCAGUCACUUUGCCGAAACCUAGAGCAACAUUGUCCACUGGGUACAGACAUCCAGACAGUCCUGCUUUGUGUGAAUAAUGAGGUUAGCAAUCAGGGAUUCAAGUGCAAACAGAUGCCCGUCCAUGAAGUCGCCAUGAGGAAGAAACUGGUCCUGCUGCCACCGUGAACCACUCACUGCAAGCUCCUGCAGUGUACAGCAUGGCUUCAUAUGCAUCAUGGUUUUAUAGGAUCAUUUUUAGGAUAAAGGGAAUCUUUACUCUUGCAUUCCUGCGUCUUUGUUGACGUUCUUAAAUUAAGUUUUUUUGUUUUUAAAUCAGGACCGGGACUGUUUACUUCAAGGGAAUCAUGAGCCAUUUGAGAAAUAGUUUUUCAAGUUUUCUAAGUAACUUUUUGAUAAAAAAUAAUUACUGCA